AUGAAAACAUUUAGGGCAAAAUCUGAGGCUCUAAACCUUGUGCAAGGAGAUUUCGUUACUCAGUAUAGUUUACUCAGAGAUUACAUUGUUGAGUUGCAAACUCGUAACCCAGAUACGACUGUUAGGGUUGAUGUUGAAAGCGAAGGAAAUCCACACAGUGAAACGAGGACAUUCAGACGCAUUUACAUAUGCUUGGGAGCUUUAAAGAAAGGCUUCGCAGCUGGAAAGAGGGAUUUUCUUGGCUUUGAUGGUGCUUUCAUGAAGGGUCCAUUUCCAGGACAAAUUCUUUCAGCCGUGGGACUAGAUGGUAAUAAUGGCACAUAUCCAUUGGCAUAUGCGGUGGUUGAAACAGAGAACAUCAGUUCAUGGACUUGGUUUUUGAGUUGUCUUGGGGAGGAUCUUGGCUUGAAUACCAAUUCUAAUUUCACUUUUAUAACAGACAGACAAAAGGGUAUUCUAAAUGCAAUUGCGGACUUGUUUCCUUGUGCUGAAAAUCGUUACUGUGUUCGUCACAUUCGGGAUAACAUGAGGAAGCAAUGGAGGGGUAAACCUUUCGAAGACCUCUUAUGGACAUGUGCAACUGCAACACAUGUACAACAGUUUAACAAAGGCAUGGAAGAGCUAAAGAAAUUAAACAAGGAUUGUUAUGAGUGGCUUAAGAAGAUACCACCUCAGCACUGGUCUAGGUCCCAUUUCACUGGGAGAGCACAUUCUGAUGUGAUUCUUAAUAACUUGUGUGAAACAUUCAAUGGAAAACUGAAUGAGGGUCGUGAUAAACCAAUUAUUACUUGCCUAGAGUUCAUUAGGGAAUAUCUAAUGAAGAAGAUUGUGAAUGUAGAAAAGGCCAUUGGGAAAUGUACUGGUCCUUUGACACCUACAGCUAUGCAGACUUUGGAAAAUAUAAAAAAACAGGCAGAAGAUUAUAGAUCUGUAUUUUGUGGAAAUGGUAAGUAUCAGGUAAGUGGCCCUUGGAUGGACCAAUGCGCGGUGGAUGUGGUUCAACAAACAUGCUCCUGCAGGAAAUGGGAACUCACUGGGAUGCCAUGCAAACAUGCUGUUGCUACUAUAUGGGAGAUGAGGAAGAAUAGUAAGGAUGUUGGAAUACCAGAAACUUGGGUGCAUGAGGUAUAUUGGCUAAAAACUUGGAAACAGAUGUACUCAUUCAAAAUUGAGCCCAUUAAUGGGAGAAGCAUGUGGGAAAAGUCUGUGUGUCCAACAACUUUGGUUCCUCCUAAACAUCAUGUCACAAUUGGUAGACCAAAGAAGAAACGCAGAAAAUCAGCUUAUGAAAUUGAUGACAUGGUGAAGGGUAAUAGUGCAUCAAGAAUCCUUCAGUCGGUUACUUGUUCAAAGUGCAACAACAUUGGUCAUAAUGCAAGGAGUUGUAAGGGACAAAAAGCUAAUGCUCCUAGUGGUUCUGGUGGUCCUGGUGGUUCUGGUAAGGGAAAAGGAAAAGCUGGUUGA